AUGCGCGCCUAUUGGUACGAUAAUCAAGCUGGCGACCAGCGUCUUCCCCACGACUCUGGCCGCAGCGUCGACCCCCAGUACCUCUCCAACUUAGGCGUUCUUUACUACCACCUUUCCGACGAAGAAGAUGUCAACAAGCUCGCGUCUGAGAGAAGCUACAAGAAUCGCGAUGUUAUUACCGUGUCGCCAGAGAAGAUGGGUGAUAUCUACGAGGAGAAAGUGAAGUCAUUUUUCCACGAACAUUUGCAUGAGGACGAGGAAAUCAGGUAUAUUCGGGACGGUGCUGGGUUCUUUGAUGUAAGGAGCGAGGGUGAUGAGUGGGUUAGGAUCUUCUUGGAGAAGGACGACUUAAUUAUUCUUCCUGCUGGGAUUUAUCAUCGCUUUACUACGGACAACAAUAAUUACAUUCAAGCCAUGCGACUUUUCAAGGAGGAGCCAAAAUGGACACCACUAAACCGUGGUCCAGAGGUCGAUGUCAACCCGUUCCGCAAAGAAUAUUUGAGCACCCGAAGUCCAGUUGCGAGCCAAUGA